AAUCACAAGCCACUCCAUUAAGAAUGUGUUAGUAAAUACAAACAUAACCAUAAGUGAAACAAAAUGUAGUAUCAAAGAUUCAAAUAGGGACUUUGACUGGUUAAAAUAUAAUCAGUAAUAUCUUGAUUUACUAAUACGUCUAGUCAUAAACCAAUUUCAGAUAUCUGGAAUCCAACUGUGAUGAAACCAAUUUUCAUGUUAAAACUGUCUUCCAUUCCAUGUAUGAGACAUCAUCAUACAUCACCAAUGAUGUCACAUAUUCCUUUGAUAUUUGACAUACAUCAUUCAGAAUUUUCUGCAUUCUGCUAGUAUUGUUUCACUCUGACACUUUGCUUCGUUUCUAAACAGCAAGGAAAGUUGUUCACAAUUUUUAAGCUUUAGACAGCAAGAACAGUUUCAAAAUGUUCAAGUUUUUCAAGAGACCGCAGGAAUCUGCCUCUACUGAUCUUGAAGAAAUGCGCAAAAGGAAUAAUGAGGCAAUCCAAGAACUCUUGGAAAAGAACCAAAGGCUUGAAAAAAAGAGAGAUUUCCGAAAUCCUAAAAAAGUGAUGAAAGCUGAGCUGGAGUUGAGUAAAGAAUGUGAAAGACGGAUUAUGAAGUUGAAUCUGGAAGCUGAGAAAUGGAAUGCAAAGGAAGAAAAGCUGAUGUGUUUAGACCGAAGGAGGAAUGAACUUUUCCGGACUUUGGAAAGAACGAAUGAACAACUAAUUGAGAAACCUGUGUUAAAGUCUUACUUAAGCGGGGCUAAAGAACAGCAGAAAAGCCUCAAACGUCUUAACACUAGGUUAGAAAAUCAUGUUAACAUCUUGACAGAGCAACUUUCAUAUCAAACUAAAGUGUUUGAUAAGUACACAAAGUCUGCAGACAGUAACAAAAAGUUGAUGAGGAUUCAAGAAAGCUGCAUAACAGACAUUAUGGACAAGUUGAAGAUAUUCAACUUGGCAGCUUUGCAUGACAAAAACAUGGCAAAAGAUGAAAACCUGGAUCAAUUAGACAAAAGGAACAACAGUCUUUUGCAAAAGCUUGAAAGUUUGAAACAACAACUAGUCGAUGUGCCUAUCAUGAGAUACCACUACAGGUGUGCAAAAAAAGAGUGCCAAAGGCUCACACAACUGAACCCUAAGUUAGAAAAACUGGUUCGGGACCUGUCAGACGAACUGUCAUGUCAAACUGCACUGGAACGUGAUUACAAAGAGGCAGCAGAUAUGAUCGAAGAGCUGGAGGCGACCAAACAAAAUUACCUAUACAAAAUAGAGGAUUUAAAAUCAACAAUGAAACUUGGGAUCAAAUCAAAGAAAAGGGACAACAUAGCAAAACGCUUAAGUUCCCUUAAACUUAAACUCAAUGAUCUCAAGAAGGAAUUUGUUUCUUGCCAACUAGACAUUGAGAACAUUCUUGGAAAUAUUCAGUCUAUUAAUGCUGUGAUUACAAAAGAUAAAAUUUGUCCAGCAGAAGAUCAGACGUUUACCAUAGUGUGUUCUAAUUUAACAGGUGAUUUGAAACAAGUUUCGGUGGAUCCAGUAUUAUCUGAAGGGGAAUGUGUGCCUCCUACUCGAGAAAGCCAGGAACAAACGGAUUUUUCAGAGUCAAAGGAUGAGGCAAGUGAUAAGGAGUUGGAAGACAGCUCUUUAGAAGAAACGACAACUGAAGAUGACUUAUCAGGUUUAAACAACACAACUGUGAAAGAGUCAGACCCUGAAGACCACCAAAGGCUAAGAGAAAACGAGAAACAAGAUGAUGUUUCAGAGUCGGAGAACGAGACAAGUGACGAAGAGUCAGAAGACAGUUCUUCGGAAGAUACAAUGUCUGAAGAAGACUUAACAGAAUCAUACAGCACAGCUAGAAAUGAGUCAUUUCCUCAAGACAUCCAAAUGGAAAGAGAAAGCGAGAAAGAAGAGAAGCUUUCAGAAUCGGAGGAUGAAACGAGUGAUGAAGAGUUCGAAGACACAACAUCUGAAGACGACUCAACAGAUUUGUGCGACACACCUGUGAAAGACUCAGACACUCAAGACCUCCAAGGGCGGAGAGGAAACAAGACACAAGACUUUUCAGAGUCAGUGGACAAAGCAAGUGACAAAGAAUUAGAAGACAGGACAAUGGAAAACACAACGUCUGAAGAUGACUUAACAGAAUCAUACAGCACAGCUAGAAAUGAGUCAUUUCCUCAAGACAUCCAAAGGCAAAGAGAAAGCGAGAAACAAGAGAAGCUUUCAGAAUCGGAGGAUGAAACGAGUGAUGAAGAGUUUGAAGACUCAACAUCUGAGGACGACUCAACAGAUUUAUGCAACACACCUGUGAAAGACUCAGACACUCAAGACCUCCAAGGGCUGAGAGGAAACAAGACACAAGACUUUUCAGAGUCAGUGGACAAAGCAAGUUACAAAGAAUUAGAAGACAGGACAAUGGAAAACACAUCUGAAGAUGACUUAACAGAAUCAUGGAAUGCAACUGUGAAAAACUCAGACCCUCAAAACCUGCAAGGGCAGAGAGAAAAUGAGAAGCAGUUAGGUUUUUCAGAGUCAGUGGACAAGAUGUGUGAAAAAGAGUUUGAAGACAGAACUCUGGAAAAUACAACAUCUCAAGAUAAUUCACACAACCCAACUGUGACAGAGUCAAACCUUCCAGACCGCCAUGGUCUGAGAGGAAAUGGGAAACAAGAAGACUUUUCAGAGUCACAGGACAAGAUGUGUAAUAAAGAGAUAAAAUAUAGGACUUUGGAAAACACAACUUCUGAAGAUAACUUAAAUUCAUACAACACAACUGUGAAAAAGUCAGAGUGUCCAGACCUUUCAACCCUGAGAGGAAAUGAGAAACAAGAGGAUUUUUCAGAGUCGGUUGAUAAGAUACAUGAUAAAGAGUUAGAAGACAGGACUUUGGAAGAAACAAGAUAUGAAGAUGACUUAACAGAUUCACACAACACAACUGUUAAAGAGUCAGACUCUUCAGACCUCCAAAGGCUGGAAAUGAAAGGGAAACAGGAGGACUUCGCAAAGUCAGAGGACAAGACAAGUGACAAAGAGCUAAAGGAAAGUCCUUUGGAAGACAUGAUGUCUGAAGACAACUUAACAGAUUCACUCACAAGUUUGAAAGAGUCAGACUGAUAAGACUUCCAAAGGCUGAGAAACAGAUGGUGGGCAGCGCAUGUAAAAACCAGAACCAAGCCAGAGAAACGAUCUGGAGAGAGACUGGAUCAGAUGAACUCUAGCGCUUGAGGGCACUGGCCUGGACUUGGUUUACUACCUGCUUUCAGCAACACCUUGACACACUCCACUUGACCUUUAACACACGCUAUGUGA